CUCGCGCCAUGGCCACCUGCAAGAAAAUCGCCAUCUUCGGUGCCACCGGCAUGACCGGGCUGGCCACGCUGGCGCAGGCGCUGGACGCGGGGUACGAGGUGACGGUGCUGGUGCGGGACCCGGCGCGGCUGCCCCCUGAGCGGAGCCCGGCGCACGUGGUGGUGGGCGACGUGCUCAACGGUGCCGACGUGGAGCGCGCCGUGCAGGGCCAGGACGCCGUCCUCAUCAUCCUGGGCACCCGCAAUGAUCUCAGCCUGACCACCGUGAUGUCCGAAGGCACCAAGAACAUCGUGGCUGCCAUGAAGGCGCACGGUGUCAGGAAGGUGGUGGCCUGCCUGUCGGCCUUCCUGCUGUGGGACCUCCAGAAGGUGCCACCGCGGCUGCGGCCGGUCACCGAGGACCACAUCCGCAUGCACCGCGUGCUGCAGGAGUCCGGGCUCGCCUGCGUCUCCGUGAUGCCCCCGCACAUCGCCAACGACCAGCCGCUGACCGGCGACUACGCGGUGCUGGUGAACACGUCGGGCGGCUCCCGCGUCAUCUCCAAGCACGACCUGGGCCACUUCCUGCUGCGCUGCCUGGGCACGAGCCAGUACGACGGGCAGAAUGUCUACGUGUCCCGGCACUACGGCCCGGCCUAGGGCGCCCCGGGGCCCCGCCACGGCCAUAAAGCCCCUCUUUUCUUCCA